AUGAGUGGUUUGCGACACGGCCGGUAUGCACUGCACAUCAGCCAGAAAGUGAAGAUCUCAAGUUACGACUUCAUACAUGCUUACAUCAAUAAGCAAAACAGCAAAGAAGGAUGGAAAUGGAGCUGGUUUCAGGCGUCAAAGAUUGAUCGACUUCCAUGUCCCAUACAAAAUUGGGUUGCUAGACUUCUGUUUCAUAAGCAUCAGCUGGAUUAUCAAAGGCCAAAUGCGGUGAUCUCUGAGUCGCAUAAUCAUUUCUUAUCCGCUCCUGCAGUAGAAGCAAGUGAUGAAGCUCCUUCAUCAGCAUCAAGCGCGAAUACUCUUGAAACCCAAACACCUGCUACACACACGACAUCUGGUGUGAACACUGAAGCGUCUAUACCAGGAAAUGAG